AUGGCCAAAGGCCCGACGAACCAAAAAGAACGUGAAAACCGAGAGACCGGCCGACGACGAGACCAACGAAAAGGGAACAAAGAUAAGAUUGCGAAAGUUGUGGCCCGCCGACCGGCUCAAGACCCCCUUCUCCGCACUCAGUCAUACACCGCACCCACCCGAAGCCGACGAGACCCCAGCCUCAUUUCCAGUGGCUUCGGCGCCGUUCCGUCACGGGUCUUCAAGCAUAACAUGAUUGUUUUUGGGGUGGAUAACAUUGACGUCUUGAUUUGUUGA